UCGCGCAGCUGGACGCUCUGUGUUGGAACAGCCCCACCAUAAAUCUCUGUCUCAAGUUCCAGUUUUAAUUUUUGUCAGUUGCAUAUUUUGCAACGUGUGCAACUAUGUGACCGCCAUGUUUACUUUUUGAUUCAUCGUCGUUCCAGAAGAAGAAACUUUGACUUGGAGCCGAAAUGGCGCAUCAUGAGCGGAACAAGAGGCUGCUGCUGGAGCUCCUGAAGCGGCCGCUCAACGACCGGUGCGCGGACUGCGGAGCUCCGGAUCCACACUGGGCGUCCUACAAGCUCGGGGUGUUCGUGUGUCUGACCUGCUCCGGCAUCCAUCGCAGCCUGUGCAGCCGGGUCAAAUCCGUAACGCUGGACUUCUGGGAGGAUGAGCUGGUGGAGUUCAUGAAGUCGAAUGGCAACGACAUCGCCAGAGCUCGGUUUGAGAAAGCUGUUCCCGCGUACUACUACCGGCCCCAGGAACACGACUGUGCAGUCUUAAAAGAGCAGUGGAUUCGGGCGAAAUAUGAAAGGCUGGAAUUCACAGGAGAAACCAAGUAUCCGCCAAUUUCAUACACCACAGGUUUCUACGAAGGGGAGCUGUGGAAGAAAGGGAAAGAGAACACACAGUUUCUGAAGAGGAAGUUUGUGCUAUCGGAGAGAGAUUUCACCCUGACUUACUACAACAAGAAAGAUGAGUCCAAAGGCCCAAAAGCCAUAAUCUCCAUCAGGGACCUCAACGCCACUUUUCAACCGGAGAAGAUCGGUCAUCCUCAAGGGCUGCAGAUCAGCUACCAAGAGGGCGCUCACACCAGGAACCUCUAUGUCUAUCACAAGAGUUCUGAGGUGAUCGUGACAUGGUUCAACGCCAUUCGUGCGGCUCGCUAUGCGUACCUGAAGACGGCGUACCCGACUGGUAGCGACGAAGAACUGAUACCAAAGAUAACAAGAAACUACCUCAAAGAGGGAUACAUGGAAAAGACGGGGCCAUUGCAAAAGGAGCAGUUCAAAAAGAGGUGGUUUGUUUUGGACUCUCAAAAGAGGAAGCUGUUGUACUUCAAAGACCAGCUGGAUGCAGAGGAGUUGGGGGUCAUUUUCAUCGGCACAGAGAACAAUGGUUACUCCGCGAAGGAGUGUGUCCCACAGCAUUCUCAGGGAAACAAGUGGAAGUGUGGCGUCACGGUGACCACGCCGCAGCGACAGUUUGUCUUCAUGUGCGAGCAGGAGAGGGAGCAGAAGGAGUGGCUGGACGCCCUCCGGCAGGUCCUCUCUAGGCCCAUGGCCCCGCAGGAUUAUUCCAUUGAAGCCAACAUUCAGUUUAAAAGAUGAACAGCAGACCGGUGUGCCAACAGGACGAGAGGGAGAAGACUUCAGCGUUUGAAAACACAAAUGUGACUGAACUAUUGCAGCACAUCAGAUGAACAUCGCUGGAUCAUAACUGACUCUCAUAUUUGUGUUGUGGUAAUGCAUCCUGACCGUCCUCUGUACCACAGGAUGGAUUUGAGACUUUCACCAGAUUGUCUAAAAUCCACUCUCAUGACCAAUAUAUAUAUAUAUAUAUAUAUAUAUAUAUAUAUAUAUAUAUACAAGAUCAAUACUGUUAUAUUGGAAGAGAAGAUUAUACUCGGUGAACAUCAUACUAUUUUUAUGACGUUUCUUACUUUUUUACAUUUUCAAUUACGCAAUGAAUAAGCAUUUUAUUUUACAUUUUGAACAUGUAUUUUGACAAUAACCCCAGAAAAAUAAACUGCCUUUUCUAAGUCAAAUGUGUGGAUUAGUUAAUAUAUAUGAUCUAUUUUCAGAUAUUAUAAAACAUGCAAUAUAUUUCAAUAGAAUACAUGACAUUUAAAGUGUGAGUAACUUGAGAGACCAUGAUUAUGUUACUUUGCUUUAACUUGUGUGCAACCAUGUUUUCAUUAUUAUCAUUAACAUAAUUGUGAGCUGCUCAGUGCAUCGAUAUACAAUUGCGACUAUUGCUGAUGGAUGUCAAUUUAAAAAUGUAUGUUGUACACAACAAACAAGGUGCUGUCUAUAAUUUAAAAAGCCCACAUGAUAAAAACAUAAAAACCA